UCCCGGCUAUCCUGGUGGAGUUUCCGACACAGGAAAGCGCCGCGGCGCCGAGCGGGGCAGAGGGGGCGGCCGCAGCACCGCGUCCUGCCAUGGACAGCGAGGCCAAGAAGGGGAAGAAGGGUUUCGUGUCGCCCAUCAAGCGGCUGGUUUUCCCGAAGGCUGCGCGGAGGGCAGCGCUCCGCAGCAGCGUCUACCGGCGCCCGCUGCACUCCGUGCCCCUCUACCCCCCCGACUACCUGAUCGACCCCCAGAUCCUGCUGCACGACUACGUGGAGAAGGAAGUGAAGUUUUUAGGUCAUCUGACAUGGGUGACAUCGUCCCUGAACCCCUCCAGCCGGGAUGAGGUGCUGCAGCUGCUGGACACGGCCAGGCAGCUGAAGGAGCUGCCGCUGCAGACCACGCCGGAGCAGGACAGCAUCCUCAGCCUCUCGGCGCGCUGCCUGCUGCUCACCUGGCGCGACAACGAGGAGCUGAUCCUGCGAAUCCCCACGCACGAGAUCGCGGCGGCCUCCUACCUGCGCGACGAUGCCCUGCACCUCCUCAUCCUCAAAACCGGCCUGGGAGUGGACCCGGUCCCCGCCGGGGCGCACCCCGAGGCGGUCCCGCCCGGCUUGCCGGAGGCGUUUCCCGCAGAGAAGCGAGCGGGGGGCUCGUGGCCGGAGGGGCGGCUGGGGGGCCCGAUGGAGCGGCGGCACACGAUCUGCAGCCUGGACUGGCGGGCGGCGCGGGGCGGGCAGGAGGCCCGGCAGGGCGGCAGCCUGGAGCGGCGGCGGGGCGGCAGCUGGGAGCGAGGCACCGGCUUCGGCAGCUGGGAGCGGCGGCACGCCGGGAGCAACCCCCUGGACCCCCAGGAGCCCUGCCCGGACGCUUACUCCAACCUCGUUAUCCUCGCCGUGCCCAACAGGGAUGCUGGGGAGGAGUCCUGCGCGCUCAUCUGCCAGGUGUUCCAGAUCAUCUACGGCGACCAGAGCAUCGAGUGCGUGGACAGAGCCGGGUACCACUACACCUCCACGCCCACACGGCCCUGGCUCUCCAGCAGGAGCGAGAGCUGCCGCACAGAUGGGACAUACGGCUACGAUGCUGACUACAGCUGCUGCAGCUCCUUCAAUGGCUCCCACGAGACCUUUGAAGCCUAUUACAGCGGCACCUCCUCGCCCUCCUUCCACCGCUCCCACCACAGCCUGGCCACCGCUUGCAGUGGCAGUGACCAGAGCAGCGCAGGGCUGGAGCAGCUGCAGGACUACAUGGUGACGCUGCGCAACAAGCUGUCACCACAGGAGAUCCAGCAGUUUGCCAUCCUGCUCCGCGAGUACCGGCUGGGCACGCCGGUGCAGGAAUACUGCACUGAGCUGCUGCGCCUCUACGGGGACCGCAGGAAGUUCCUCCUCCUGGGAAUGAGGCCCUUCAUCCCCGACCAAGACAUCGGGUACUUUGAGACCUUCCUGGAGAGCAUCGGGAUCCGGGAGGGCGGGAUCCUCACCGACAGCUUCGGCCGCAUCAAGCGCAGCAUGAGCAACACGUCGGCCUCGGCCGUGCGCAGCUACGACAGCUGGUCCCUGCGCUCCGAGUCCGAGUCCUUCAACCGCAUGAUCACGGACAUCACCCACGACAUCGAGGCGCUGGCACGGGAUGAGGAAGAGGAGGACGAGGAGGAGGAAGAGGACAACUACCUGUGAGCCAGCGGCAAAACCCAGCUCCUCUCCCUGCUCGCUGAUGUGGUGCUGCACCUCCAGCACCAGGCUCUGCGGGUGCCCAGCUCUGCCACAGAACCAGGGAGGGUGAAUUUGUCACUGUGGGAGGGGACAGGCCUCUGCACUGCCCUGUCAGCUCUUGUCAAGGCUGUGGGAAUCACAGGGCAGCUGCGGCUGUGGGGGAGACACAUGUGCUGUAAUUUGUGCAGAUUUCAAUUAAAUGCUGGGGCUGG